AUGGCGAGCCUCAAUUUCCCUUACUCGAGCGCGCCUCUGCGCACAGUCGAGGAGAUUCAAUUUGGCCUCUUCUCCGCCAAAGAGACCGAGCGCCUCGCCGUCAUCGACAUCGAAUAUCCUGAGACGAUGGAUGAGCAACGCCUCAGACCUCGCGAGAAAGGUCCGAACGAUCCUCAUCUCGGAACAAUCGAUCGCAAUUUCAAAUGCAGUACUUGUGAAGAAAACAUGGCCGAGUGCCCUGGUCACUUUGGUGUCAUCAAGCUUGCAACUCCAGUCUAUCACUAUGGCUUCAUGAACAAAGUCAAGAAGAUUUUGGAGACGGUCUGCCACAACUGUGGCAAGAUUAAGGCGCUUGAUACCGAAGAAUUUCGACACGCAAUCUCGAUUCGAGACCGAAAGCGCCGCUUCGAAGCAGUGUGGCGACUCAGCAAGCCUCGAAACGUUUGCGAAGCCGAUCCCAUCGACGACCCCGACCAGCCUUUGAAAGGACCUCCUCAACCCAAGCAUGGCGGUUGUGGCAAUGCACAACCUGACAUUCGAAGAACUGGAUUGCAGUUGUGGGCGACAUGGAAGCCACGGAAAGGCGAGGACGAUGAAGAUGUAACUCCCGACAAGAAGCGGAUCUUUCCACAAGAUGCUCUGAACACUUUCCGCACUUUGACCGACGAGACCUUGGAGUUGAUGGGUCUCAGCCUUGAUUACGCCCGCCCGGAGUGGAUGAUCUUGUCUGCGCUCCCUGUCCCUCCUCCACCGGUCCGACCCAGUAUCAGUGUCGACGGCAGCGGCCAGGGCCAGCGGGGUGAAGACGAUCUUACUUUCAAGCUGGGUGAUAUCAUUCGUGCGAACCAAGCGGUGCUGCGAACUGAAGUUGACGGCACACCUGACCACAUCAAGAUUGAUCUCUGUGAUCUCCUCCAGUAUCAUAUUGCCACCUAUAUGGACAAUGAGAUUGCCGGACUGGACAAAGCACAGCACAAGAGUGGUCGGCCCAUCAAAUCAAUUCGAGCUCGACUCAAGGGCAAGGAAGGCAGACUGCGCCAGAACUUGAUGGGAAAGCGUGUUGACUUCUCCGCCCGUACUGUCAUCACUGGUGAUCCCAACCUUUCUCUCGAUGAAGUUGGUGUUCCUCGAAGCAUCGCCCGCACAUUGACCUACCCGGAAAGAGUCACACCGUUCACGAUUGACCGGCUGAGACGCCUUGUCAGAAACGGGCCAAAUGACCAUCCGGGUGCGCGAUACGUAAUUCGGGACACCGGAGAACGUAUUGAUCUGCGACAUCACAAACGUGCUGGAGAGAUGACUCUUCAGUAUGGCUGGAUCGUUGAGCGCCACAUCCAAGACGGAGACGUUAUUCUCUUCAACCGUCAGCCAUCUCUUCAUAAGGAGUCUAUGAUGGGUCAUCGUGUCCGAGUUAUGCCCUAUUCGACCUUCCGACUCAACCUUUCCGUCACUACGCCCUACAAUGCUGAUUUCGACGGUGAUGAAAUGAACUUGCACGUUCCUCAGAGCGAAGAAUCUCGAGCCGAGCUCGCCAACCUUUGCAUGGUGCCUCUCAACAUCGUGUCACCACAGCGUAAUGCUCCUCUCAUGGGUAUUAUCCAAGACACGCUUUGUGGUAUCUACAAGAUCUGCCGUCGUGAUGUCUUCUUGACAAAAGAUCAAGUCAUGAACGUCAUGCUAUGGGUUCCGGAUUGGGAUGGGGUGAUUCCUCAGCCAGCUAUCAUCAAGCCAACGCCUCGCUGGACGGGGAAGCAGAUGAUCAGCAUGGUGCUCCCACCUGCCCUAAACCUCGAGAGGCUUGACGCCAAGGGUGAAGACCCCUAUGUACCAACUAAUGACACUGGUCUUAUGGUCCUUGAGGGCAACCUUAUGUUCGGCCUGUUCAGCAAGAAAUUUGUCGGCACUAGUGCUGGUGGCAUUAUUCACACCAUCGUCAACGAGUUCGGUCACGACACGGCACGGGCUUUCUUCAAUGGUGCACAGACUGUGGUCAACUACUGGCUUCUCCAUAACGGGUUCAGUAUCGGUAUCGGAGACACAGUACCCGACCCUGACACUGUGCAAAAGAUUCAAGAUGCCGUUGAUACCAAGAAGGCAGAGGUUGAUGAGAUCACCAAAAAGGCGUACAACGAGGAGCUCGAGCCUUCUCCGGGUAUGAACGUUCGUCAAACAUUCGAGAGCAAAGUGAUGAACUCUCUCAAUCAGGCUCGUGAUCAAGCCGGUGCUGCAACCGAAAACAGCUUGAAAGAUCUGAACAACGCUAUCACCAUGGCUCGUGCUGGUUCAAAAGGCUCUACCAUCAACAUUGCUCAGAUGACUGCUAUCGUUGGCCAGCAGGCUGUGGAAGGAAAACGUAUUCCCUUCGGCUUCAAGUAUCGCACCCUGCCUCACUUUGCAAAAGACGAUUACUCUGCUCCUUCAAGAGGCUUCGUGGAGAACUCGUACCUUCGCGGAUUGACUCCCACAGAGUUCUUCUUCCACGCCAUGGCUGGUCGUGAGGGUCUUAUCGAUACUGCUGUCAAGACCGCCGAAACGGGUUAUAUCCAACGUCGUCUCGUCAAAGCUCUCGAGGAGGUUACUGUCAAGUAUGACUCUACUGUCCGGGAUUCGCGUGGAAACGUGGUUCAGUUCAUUUAUGGUGAGGAUGGCUUGGAUGGUGCCCAUAUCGAGAACCAAAAGGUCGAUAUCAUCACCAUGUCAGACAAAGCCUUCAACGACCGCUACAUGGUAGACAUCAUGAGCGGAGACAUUUCCAUGUGGAAAGGCAGACUGCUCCAAGCAAGAGAGCUACAAGGUGAUACCGAACUCCAAGAGAUGUUUGAUGAAGAGUACGAAGCUCUGCGGACGUCUCAAGACUUCUUGCGAAAGAUGGGUAAAGGCACUGAAGACUCGAUGCAGUUGCCUCUCAACAUUGGGCGUAUCAUUGACCAAGCUCAGAAGAACUUUAAGAUCCGUCGUGGCGACAAGACCGACCUUGAUCCCCGCCAUGCGCUUACUGCCGUGAAGCAGUUGCUGGAACGACUUGUCAUCGUCCGUGGGGAAGACCCCAUCUCAAAAGAAGCCCAAGACAAUGCGACGCUCUUGCUGAAGGCUCAACUUCGCUCGCGGCUGGCGUACAAGCGGCUUGUUCUUGAGCAUGGUGUUAACAGAUUGGCCUUUGACAAUAUUAUCGGCGCGGUUGAGAGUCGAUUCAUCGCUGCACAUGCAAAUCCAGGCGAGAUGGUUGGUGUUCUCGCUGCCCAAUCCAUUGGUGAACCUGCGACGCAGAUGACCCUGAACACUUUCCACUUUACUGGUGUGUCAGCGAAGAACGUCACUCUGGGUGUACCUCGUCUCAAGGAGAUCUUGAACGUUUCGCAGAACAUACGAACUCCGUCAAUGACUGUGUACCAGCUUCCAGAAAAUGCUGGCGACAAAGAAGCAGCCAAGCUUCUGCGGAGUCGUGUACAGCAUACCAACCUGCGAUCCGUGGCAGAGACCUGCGAACUGUGGUACGACCCCGACAUUCAGAGCACCAUCAUCCCCGAAGAUCUCGACAUGGUCGAAUCGUACUUUAUCAUUCCCGAAGAUACAGAUCAAGAUCUUGCGCUACACUCCAAGUGGUUGCUCCGCAUUACGCUCAGUCGUGCAAGACUGUUGGACAAGGGGCUCAACAUUACAGAUGUCGCAUCAAGAAUCAAGGCAACCUACGGCAAGGAUCUCUCGGUCAUCUUCAGCGAUAUCAAUGCCGACGAACAAAUCAUUCGUGUCCGCCUCGUCCAGAACUAUGGCAAGGAUGAGGAUGACGAGCGCAAAGAGGACGAUGAAGUCCUUCGACGCUUUUUGAACGAAAUGCUUGACCACCUGACCUUCCACGGUGUUCCCGGCGUCUCAAGAGCCUUCAUUGAUCAAAAGAGUCGUGCCAUUAUCAACGAAGACGGCUCGGUGUACAUGGCAAAGAGCGAUCCUCGAUGCAAUGAGUACGUGCUCGAAACCACUGGCAGCUCUUUCGCAAAGGUUCUUGCCAUUGAAGGAGUGGACACAUCUCGCACGUAUACCAAUCGUUUCACGGAAAUCUUCGAGGUUCUCGGAAUCGAGGCUACUCGUGCUGCAAUCCUGCGCGAGUUGACCCAAGUGUUGUCGUUCGAUGGUUCUUAUGUCAACGCUCGCCAUCUGGGUAUCUUGUGCGACGUGAUGACUGCCCGCGGAUAUGUCAUGGCUGUUACUCGUCAUGGCAUCAACAAGUCGGAUACUGGCGCUCUGAUGAGAUGUUCUUUCGAACAGACCGUCGAGAUUUUGCUCGAGGCGGCAGCAGCUGGCGAACUCGACGACUGCAAAGGUGUCUCUGAGAAUCUAAUCCUGGGCCAACCUGCACCCGUAGGUACUGGAACAAUGGAGAUCCUUCUGGAUCAGAACAUGCUGUCUACCGUUGUCACAGACAAUGCCAACCUUGGGCUUGGUGGUGCCAUUGGUGUUAAAGGCUCGCAGCAACUCCUCGAUGGGGCUGCUACCCCCUAUGACUCUGGCUCGCCCAUGCAAGACAGUGGCUACCUGGGGUCUCCAGACUACGGGGCGUCUUUCUCUCCCAUCAUCGCUGCUGGCUCGGAAACUCCAGGAGGAUUUACCGACUACCAACCUGGAUUUGGUGGAGCUGGAGGAUUCAGUCCGUAUGGUUCGCGCAGCCCUGGUGGUUACUCACCUGCCAGUCCGUUCGGCGGUACCAGCCCCAGCUCGCCUGGCUUUUCGCCCACUGCCGGCUAUUCACCCACAUCUCCCAUGUUUGGCGCCACGAGCCCUGGCUUUGGACCAACAUCACCAUCGUUCUCGCCGGCCAGCCCUGCCUUUACGCCGACCUCGCCAGCAUACUCGCCAACCUCACCUGGUUACCAGGCGUCGCCGACUUCGCCGAGCUAUUCGCCGACGUCGCCCAACUAUUCACCUACGUCUCCAGCAUACGGGUCACCAACCUCUCCAAGCUACUCACCGACUUCUCCGGCUUUCAGUCCCACCUCGCCGACGUCGCCAACGUCGCCUGUCUACAGCCCCACUUCACCAAUGUACAGCCCAACAAGUCCCAUGUAUGGUGGGGGUGCCAACAAACAGUCUCCGACAUCACCCAGCUACUCUCCGACGUCGCCUACCUACAGCCCGACCAGCCCGACGUCUCCGACUAGUCCAUCUUAUUCUCCCACGAGUCCGAUGUACAAUGCUUCCCCAAGAAGCCCACCGGCUCGGUCAGCAUCGGCGACCAGUCCACAAUACUCUCCGAACAGCCCACAAUAUUCUCCCACUUCUCCAAAGGAGGACUGA